AUGACGGACGAUUUCCAGUAUUCAAAUGUUUCAUUUAUUUAUAUCAGAGUCCCCAGUUUCAUCAAAGACUCUUUGGUAGAUUUAAGUAAUUACGCAAACUAUUUUUUAUUUAGUUUCGAGGAAUAUUUAUUUGACACAGUGGAGCACCUUAUUAUCGGAAUCCUCCUGUAUGUGGCACUAUGCAUUUUAUUGUAUUUCUUAUCCACUUGGGGCCUUAUCGGCUUCACCAGAAAUAUGAGGCAUGCCAGAAGAGUAUUAUUUGUCACUGCUCAUCCAGAUGACGAAGUCAUGUUUUUUGGACCAACAAUUUUGAAUUACUUACAAAAACCGAAUUGUCAAGUGUUUUUAAUGUGUUUAUCUUCAGGAAAAAAUUACGGAAUGGAUAAAAUUCGAACAAAUGAACUAUUUGAAUCAUGUAAAAUAUUAGGAAUAAAAGAAGAAAAUAUUUUUCUAUAUAAUAAUACCAAUCUUCCAGAUGCCAUGGAUGUAAGAUGGCCUGUGGAAAUUAUAGCUCGGCACGUUCUCUAUAAUGUAGAGACAUUCGGUAUAACGAAUAUAAUAACGUUUGAUCGGCAUGGGGUAUCCGGUCACGAAAAUCAUAUUAGUAUAUACUACGCAAUAGCAAAUUUGAUUUUAGAUCACCGAUUACCAAGAACUUGUGGGGUGUUUGUCCUGGAAUCUGUAAAUAUAAUUAGGAAAUAUUGGCUUUUUUUAGACAUCCCUAUCUCUUUAAUAAUGUCAAGGUUUAGGUGUAUGAGAAGUUUAAGUCAAAGAAGACUUAUACAACAAGCCAUGAACAAACAUAAAUCACAAAUGGUGUGGUUUCGCAUGCUGUACAUGAUAUUUUCAAGAUAUGUGCUCAUAAAUACAUUACAACAGAUAAAUCUGGUUGAUAUUGAAUUGGAUUACUUGGAAAUAGAAGAUUAA